AUGAAGAUCCUUUGUGUCGCUGAAAAACCUUCAAUCGCCAAGUCAGUUGCAGGAAUACUUGGUGGUGGUCGUUUCAGCGUACGUAGCUCUUGUGUAAAAUAUAUCAAGAACUAUGAUUUCUCUUUCAAUUUUGGUGGAUCGCUAGGACAAUGUGAAGUAACGAUGACCUCAGUUCUUGGUAAUUUUAGAAACAAUAUAUUUCCCGAUGAGUAUAAUUGGGGUCGUUGUGAGCCGAUGCAAUUAUUUACAGCGCCUUUGAAGAAAGGAUACGAGAAUAAGACCUCCCAGCUGGUUGCUAAGAAUAUUGCCACAGAAAGCCAAGACGCCGAUAGACUAAUGAUUUGGACCGAUUGUGAUCGAGAAGGCGAAAGUAUUGGUCACCAAAUAUUCGAGGUGGCUCUGGAAAGUAAUCGAAGAAUCACCCUCGAGAAUACUCUUCGUGCUCAAUUCUCCCACUUGGAAAGAUCCCACGUCAUCCAUGCCGCUAAGACCCCGAGACAUCUUGAUAUGAAGCAAGUAUAUGCUGUGCAAACUCGUGGUGAAUUGGAUAUAAGGUCAGGAUUUGCAUUCACUCGACUACUAACUGACUUGUUAAAAUCAGAAAUUCCUGGCGGGUUGGAAGAUAAGACUAUUGUUUCAUACGGGUCAUGCCAAUUCCCGACGUUAGGAUUCGUUGUCGAUAGAUAUAUUCGAGUUAGAAGAUUCAUAAGUGAGCCAUUUUGGUAUCUUAGUGUUACAACAAUCAAGAAUCGUAUCCACACUCUCUUCACUUGGACAAAACCUUCGAUGUUUGAUCGUAUGACAGCUACAGUGCUAUAUGCAAACUGUAUGUCACAGCCGAGAAACGACUUUGGGAAGAUUAUAGCCAAACAGGAGAACCCAACUUCAAAUUAUAAACCCCUCCCUCUUACCACUGUUGAGUUGCAAAAAAUAGCUGCCAGAACUUAUAGAAUGACUGCCAAGGACACAUUAAAAGCCGCUGAAGAUUUAUACACUAAGGGGAUUAUUUCGUAUCCACGUACAGAAACAGAUAAAUUUCCGGCCAAGAUGGAUUUAAAAUCUUUUAUACAGCGGCAAACUGGACAUCGGGAAUGGGGCCAAUAUGCUCAAAGUCUAAUAGAUGGCAAAUUUUCACCACCAAGAAGUGGUAGACACAAUGAUGAGGCGCAUCCUCCAAUCCACCCAGUUUCUUGCCAUGAUGGUGGAGGUCUAUUGGUUAAAGAAAAGAAAAUCUAUGAAUUAGUAGUGCGCCAUUUCUUGGCCUGUUGUUCAGAUGAUGCCAAAGGUAGUCUUUCAAAAGUCACUCUACAAUGGGGAGAUGAGAUAUUUACCACGUCAGCGUUAGAAGUUAAAGAGGAAAAUUACCUAGAGAUUUACAAACAGUAUAGAACGUGGAAGUCUUCAGCUAAAAAAAUUCCACCAUUUGAAGUUGGAGAGGAAGUCAAGCUUCAGAAAGCGGAACUUAAGGAGGGCAAAACAUCACCACCAAAUUAUAUGACCGAAACUGAACUAAUUGCUCUUAUGGAUGCUAAUGGCAUUGGAACCGAUGCCACAAUAGCCGAACAUAUUGAUAAAAUCCAGCAACGUGAGUAUGUCACAAGCCUACGUGAAGGAAGCAAGUCAGUACUAGUGCCAUCAGAGCUUGGUAUGGGAAUAGUUCAAGGGUUUGAUAAUAUCGAAUUCAACGAGAAUAUUAGUUUGACAAAGCCUUUUCUUCGAAAGGACAUGGAAAAUGAACUAAGCAUGAUUUGCAGUGGAAAUAAAACUAAACCUCAAGUUAUUGAGAAAUUAGUCAAUAUGUACCAGGAGGCUUAUGUAUUAACCAAAAGAAACCAGCAAACAUUGGUCAGGGAGUAUAGAAAUGUUAUCAGGGAGAAUGGUUAA